GUUUUGAACUGUUCGCAAGAUGUUGAAUUUGAUGCUGAUGACAAUUGCACUUCCAAUGUAACUUGGACUGAAGUGACAGCAACAGAUAAUUAUGAUAGUGAUAUAACUGUAUUCUGUAACCCGACUGAAGGUUUUUUUACAUUGGACAACUACACAGUAACCUGUAAUGCAACAGACAUGGCAGGAAACAUUGGCAAUUGCUCCUUCAAUGUUUACAUUUUUGAUGUGACUUCUCCUGAUGUGAUGUGUCCAGACGAUAUUACUGUUGAUACUGACGAAGGUGUUAAUACCGCCCUAGUGUCAUGGACCUCUGCCAUCGCUACUGAUAACUGUUGUGAAGAUGAAAUUAUGGAGUCUUACAAUGUCACAAACGGCACCGAACUUAGCAUUGGAGUUACUAAUGUCCUUUUUACAGCAGUAGAUUGCUAUGGAAAUCAGAAUGAAUGUGUUUUUAUUAUUGAUGUUGAAGACAAUGAAGCACCUAUGCUUGAAUGUCCACCAAACCAAAAUGUAACCGGUGAUUCCGACUGUAUGGCAACUGCAACGUGGGCCGCACCGAAUGUCACAGACAACUCAGGAGAUAUUUUUUCUCCAAUUUGUGAUUACAUGAGUGGAGCAACAUUCUCUGAAUAUAACACUACUGUCACUUGUAACGCUACUGACGAUUAUGACAACACUGGGUACUGUACAUUCAACAUUUUCAUCAUAGAUGAGACAGUCCCUAAUGUGACUUGCCCAGUUGACCUUGAGGUGUGCACUGACCUAGGAACAGAUUCAGUGAAUGCCACCUGGGAACCAGCCAAUGCAACUGACAACUGCUGCAGUGAUGUCAACAUAACUGCUAACUACACCAGUGGAGAACCUCUGAGCCUUGGUGUAUACACUGUAGGAUAUACAGCAACAGAUUGUAAUGGGAAUGUUGGUUACUGUCAAUUUACUGUUGAAGUUAAAGAUUGUGAGCCUCCGGAUCUUGAAUGUCCACCAAGCCAAAACGUAACAGGUGAUGAGAACUGCUUGGCAAAUGUCACCUGGACAGCACCCAAUGUUACAGACAACUCUGGAGACUCUUUCACACCAGUAUGUGAUCAUAUAGGAAGCACAUUUUAUGAUGUCAGCACUGUUGUAACAUGUAAUGCCACUGACAAUUAUGAUAACACCGGCAAUUGUACAUUUACCAUUACUAUUUAUGAUGAUGAAGAUCCAGUCAUAAAUUGCCCAGCUGACAUAGAAGUUUGUGCUGAAACUGGUUCUAUGGCAGCAUCUGUCACUUGGGAACUCAUCAACGCAACUGACAACUGUUGUGACAAUGUAAACAUAACGUCAGAUUACACAUCAGGAGAUGAAUUUGAAAUUGGUGAAAAUGUAGUAACAUACAUAGCAACUGACUGUAGUGACAACUCAGCAUUAUGCAAUUUUACUAUAGUGGUGAUUGAUUGCGAAGCUCCUGUUUUGAACUGUUCGCAAGAUGUAGAAUUUGAUGCUGAUGAUAAUUGUACUUCCAAUGUAACUUGGACUGAAGUGACAGCAACAGAUAAUUACGAUAGUGAUGUAACUGUAUUCUGUAACCCGACUGAAGGUAUUUUUCCAUUGGACAACUACACAGUAACCUGCAAUGCAACAGACAUGGCAGGAAACACUGGCAAUUGCUCCUUCAAUGUUUACAUUUUUGAUGUUACUUCACCUCAUGUGACAUGCCCAGACAAUAUUACUACUUACAAUGAUGCAACCGCUAAUACAGCAGCAGUGACAUGGAACUCAGCAGUUGUUACUGAUAAUUGUUGUGAAGAUAUUAGUUUGUUUACAAAUAUUACAAAUGGCACUGAUUUUAAAAUUGGAAUUACUGAAGUUACCUUUACUGCAGUGGACUGUUAUGGCAAUGAGGAUCAGUGUGUAUUCAGUGUUAUUGUUGAAGAUAAUGAACCACCAGUUCUUGAAUGUCCUUCAAACCAGAUGGUAGCAGCUGAUUCUGACUGUGUGGCAACUGCCACCUGGAUGCCACCGAAUGUUACAGACAACUCUGGGGACAGCUUUACAGCCGUAUGUGAUUUUAUCAGUGGAAGUACUUUCUCAAAUGACAGAACCACUGUAACUUGUAAUGCUACAGACGAUUAUGACAAUAUUGGCUAUUGUAACUUCACAGUUACCAUAAAUGAUGAGACAGCCCCUAAUGUGACUUGCCCAGUUGACCUUGAGGUCUGCACUGACCUAGGAACAGAUUCAGUGAAUGCCACCUGGGAACCAGCCAAUGCAACUGACAACUGCUGUAGUGAUGUCAACAUAACUGCUAACUACACCAGUGGAGAAACUCUGAGCCUUGGUGUAUACACAGUAGGAUAUACAGCAACAGAUUGUAAUGGGAAUGUUGGAUACUGUCAAUUCAUUGUUGAGGUUAAAGACUGUGAGGCUCCAAUGCUUGAAUGUCCACCAAAUCAAAAUGUAACAGGUGACGAUUACUGCAUGGCAACUUCCUUUUGGUCAGCACCCACUGUUACAGACAACUCUGGAUAUAGCUUUAUACCAGUAUGUGAUUACAUGAAUGGAAGCAUAUUUUCUGAACUAAACACUACUGUUACAUGCAAUGCUACUGAUGAGUAUGACAACACUGGCUAUUGUACAUUCAACACAUUCAUCAUAGAUGAUACAGCCCCUAAUGUGACUUGCCCAGUUGACCUUGAGGUGUGCACUGACCUAGGAACAGAUUCAGUGGAUGCCACCUGGGAACCAGCCAAUGCAACUGACAACUGCUGUAGUGAUGUCAACAUAACUGCUAACUACACCAGUGGAGAACCUCUGAACCUUGGUGUAUACACAGUAGGAUAUACAGCAACAGAUUGUAAUGGGAAUGUUGGUUACUGUCAAUUCAGUGUUGAGGUUAAAGAUUGUGAGCCUCCGGAUCUUGAAUGUCCUCCGAACCAAAACGUAACAGGUGACGAGAACUGCUUGGCAAAUGUCACCUGGACAGCACCCACUGUUACAGACAACUCUGGAGACUCUUUCAUACCAGUAUGUGAUUAUAUAAGUGGAAGCACAUUUUAUGAUGUCAGCACUGUUGUUACAUGUAAUGCUACUGACAAUUAUGAUAACACUGGCAACUGUACAUUUACCAUUACUAUUUAUGAUGAUGAAGAUCCAGUCAUAAAUUGCCCAGCUGACAUAGAAGUUUGUGCUGAAACUGGUUCUAUAGCAGCAUCUGUCACUUGGGAACCCAUCAACGCAACUGACAACUGUUGUGACAAUGUAAACAUAACGGCAAAUUCCACAUCAGGAGAUGAAUUUGAAAUUGGUGAAAAUGUAGUAUUAUACACAGCAACUGACUGUAGUGAAAACUCUGCAUCAUGUAGUUUUACUAUAAAAGUGAUUGAUUGCGAAGCUCCUUUUUUGAACUGUUCGCAAGGUGUAGAAUUUGAUGCUGAUGACAAUUGUACUUCCGAUGUAACUUGGACUGAAGUGACAGCAACAGAUAAUUACGAUAGUGAUGUAACUGUGUUCUGUAACCCGGCUGAAGGUAUUUUUCCAUUGGGCAACUACACAGUAACCUGUAAUGCAACAGACAUGGCAGGAAACACUGGCAAUUGCUCCUUCAAUGUUUACAUUUUUGAUGCAACUUUCCCAGACAUCACAUGUCCAGAAGAUAUUACUGUUGAUGCUGAUGAAGGUGAUAGCACUGCCGCAGUGACAUGGGUUCCUGGUGUCAUUACUGAUAACUGUUGUGGAAAUGACAUUGAUGUGGUUUAUAAUGCCACAAAUGGCUCAGAAUUUAACAUUGGAGUUACUGUAAUUAGCCUCAUAGCAACAGACUGCUAUGACAAUCAGGAUGAAUGCAUCUUUAGUAUUUACGUUGAAGAUGAUGAACCUCCUGAACUUGAGUGUCCACCAAACCAAAAUAUAACAGCUGAUCCUGAUUGCAGGGCAGUUGCAAACUGGACAGCACCCAAUGUUACUGACAAUUCUGGAGAUACCCUCUAUUCAGUGUGUGAUUAUAGCAGUAGUAGCAUAUUUUCAGACAUCAUUACUACUGUCACUUGUAAUGCAACUGAUGGUUAUGGCAACACUGGGUACUGUAGUUUCAACAUUACGAUAGUUGAUAACUUGCCGCCUAAUCUCGUAUGUCCUGGUGAUGUGAAUGUAUGUAAUGAUGACGGUCUUAAUGACGCCAGCGUUACUUGGGAACCAGCCAAUGUUACCGAUAACUGUUGUGCAAAUGUUGUAGCGGAUGCAAACUAUACCAAUGGAUAUUCCUUUGAAAUUGGUACUACUGUGGUGGAGUACUCAUCAAGUGACUGUGAAAAUCUCAUGACUACCUGUCAGUUCAGUGUGGUUGUCAGAGAUUGUGACGCCCCUGAUUUGACUUGCCCAGAUGAUUUGGAUCCCUUUGACGCUGAUGAUAGCUGUCAGGCAGAGGCCACCUGGAAUGCGGUAACAGCAGACGACAACUACGACAGUGUUGUAGAUGUUGACUGUGAUUUGAGUCCUGGUACUUUUCCUUUAGGCAAUUACACUGUGCAGUGCAAUGCUUCAGAUUUGGCAGGCAAUACAGGCAACUGUUCUUUCAAUUUCUACAUUCUUGAUAUGACUCCUCCUGCACUGGUAUGCCCAGACAAUAUUACCGUUCCUAAUAAUGUAGGUGAUAAUAUGGCAGAAGUGACAUGGAACCGUGCGGUUGCAACUGAUAACUGCUGUGGAGAAAACAUCGAUGUGUUCCCUGAUAUUAUGAAUGGUAGUACUUUUGACAUUGGAAUUACCGAUGUUACACUUACAGCAAUAGACUGCAAUGGAAACUGGAAUGAAUGUGUGUUCAGUAUUGAGGUUACAGUCUUAGGUUCUAGGGCUUGA